AUGACAAGCACUGUCUCUACUACCGUCGGCUCUAUUUCAGCUAAACUAGGAUGGGGAGUGAAGGAGGCGAAGGCAGCGGAGCUUGACAAGCAGCACCGUCACAUUACCCCCCUCCAAGGCGGGCUCGUCCCCGAGUCUUCUCCUGCCUCGUACGCUUGCAGCCAGGCUUCCAACCGCGCUGGGGGACCUGGUUUAAGCUGGCCUGGCAGCGCUGUUGGUGAUUCCUUUCGCAGGCGAUCUGCGUGGAAGACCUUUGAGAAUUUCCCCAUGCUAGUAUCGGUUUGGUGCUGCUGGCAGUGCAGCCGAUUGAUCGAUGAUGCUGCUGGCAGUGCAGCUGGCUGGUCGGUGAUGCUGCUGGCAGUGCAGCUGAUUGAUCGCAGAUGGGGCGGUGGUGCUGCUGGCGGUGCAGCCGUGUCGAUGCUGCAGGCAGAGCAGCCGUUGUCUACUGCAGGCGGAGCAGCUGUUCCUAUUGUUAAUGCCGCUGGCGGAACAGCUGUUGUCUACUGCAGGCGCCUAUUGUUGAUGCCACUGGCGGAGCAGCUGUUGUCUACUGCUGGCGGUGCAGCCAUUGUCGAUGCUGCUGGCGGAGCAGCCUAUUGCGGUGCAGCUAUUGUCGUUGCCGAUAUUGUGCCACCUGCAGGUAUUCUCCCCCAGGCCAAGAACUACCAGCCAAGUCCACUAUAUCUGCCCUUUCGCUGUCUAGAUGUGUAUGUAUCGCUUUCGACUAUUGGUGCUGCUGGCUGUGCAGCAGAUGUCGGUGGGCCUGCCCAGGGGAUCGAGGGUGGUGGUGGUUUCGUACAGAGCCCGCGGCUCUCUUCGCGUCGUGCGAGCAGCGCUCCUAGCUCAGGGCUCCUUGAUGAGGUUGCUUUGAUGGCUAUUGUUGACGAACUGAGGCUCGGCCUAGUCGUACUAGCAGAUCUCCUUAAUGAGGGUCGGUCGGCGAAUGCAGCGCACAGGCUGAUCGCUCGCACUGUCUCUACGACUGUAUGGAGCUGGGGAAGCAUGGCAGAGGUUUUCGCGAGAGAAAAGCUUGCGCAGCGCCAAGGCGCUAGCGCGCUCGCUUAA